AUGAAUGUCAGUACAAGUGCAUUAGGAGUAAGAAGAAGGAAAGUAGCAACACAAAAUAUAGAUGAUGAAGAAAAUUCAGCCCAAUUAAAAUUAGGACCAGAAUUUCAAUUAAAUCAAAUAACAAAUACGGGAGAAGAACAACAAUUAAUUGCAUUAAAUUUAUCAGAAGCUAGAUUAUUAAUUAGAGCAGCAUUAAAAGAGCGUAAAAAAAAUAAAAAUCCAAAUAAAAAAUCAAAUAAACAAAAUCAAUCAAAUACAAACAAUAAUAAUAAUAAUAAUAUAAGUGAUUCAGAUGAAGAAGAUGAAGAUGAUGAUACAUUAAAUAAUACAAGAGAAGAUGAAUUAUCAAAUAUAGAAUUAGCAGGACCCAAUUCAAAUGAAAUUAUGCAUAAAACUUUAAAUUUCUUAACAAAUUUUAGUAGGUUUAAAAAUAGAUCAAGUUGUGAAACAGUUGAAAAAUUAAUUAAUGAUUUUAAUGAACAUUGUAAUGAAUAUUUACAUCCUUUUGAAAUGGCUCAAUUAGGUACUUUAGAAUGUGAAGAUGCUGAAGAAGCUAAAUCUUUAAUACCUACAUUAACUAAUAAAGUAAGUGAUGUUCAAUUACAAAGUUUAUUAACUGAAUUACGUAAGUAUCAAACUUUAUAA